AUGGCGGCUGGCGGGGUGUUACAACCACUCUCCCUUAGGUCCGUAGGGGUGCGAUGGCUCGCGUUACUUUGUUCCAUUUGCGCUUUUUUGGCAUCCGUGACCGUUGCUUACUGUAUGGCAGUGAGGUUUGGCUCUAUAACGGCACUUUUUACUUUGGCGUUUUUUUGGUUUAUCGGUGCCCUUAAUUUGCUGAAAUUUCUUUUCCGAUUAGUGGUCGUGACGCGAGGUGAGACGGACUACCAGGACAUGUUGCGGCGAGCGGAUGUUAUGCAUCAGCCAAAUGUGCAAAAAUUAUCUGGGUCUAAAGAAAAUGCCUGGCUAUCUUAUGGGUUUAGCUGCAUGCAAGGAUGGCGUAGAAGCAUGGAAGAUGAUCAUGUAGUGCUGCUUGAUGACGAUGGAGGGUUUUUUGGUGUCUUUGACGGCCAUAGUGGAUCAAAUGUCGCAAGGUUUUGUGCCGGAAACCUCUUUGAUUUUGUAUCAAAGACUGCGGCAUUUGAUGAGGGGAACUACGCAAAGGCUCUGUAUGACGGUUUUCUUGCCAUCGAUAAACAUUUGUAUGCCAACUACUCGAAUGAGAGGAGUGGCUGCGCGGCAAUUGUCCUUUUCAUUAAGGAAGAUGACUUGUAUUGCGGUAACGCUGGGGAUAGUCGCUGUGUUUUGUGUCGUGACGGGGAGCCACUGCCCCUCAGUAAUGACCACAAGCCAUUUCUUCCAACCGAGUUAUCAAGGAUAGAAAGGGCAGGGGGAUAUGUAUGGAACCGCCGCGUCAAUGGAGCUCUUGCACUUAGCCGAGCCAUUGGAGACUUUGUCUUUAAGUGCAACAUGCAGGUGUCAUGGGAUCAGCAGGCCGUCACGAGUGCUCCAGAGGUGCGAUUUAUUCGUUUGAAUCGCGACCAUGACGAGUUUGCCGUCAUCGCCUGUGACGGUAUAUGGGAUGUGCUAAACAAUGAUCAAGUAGUAGAAUUUGUGCGUCACCGCAUUCAGUCCCGUAUUCCUCUGGAGAAGAUAGCGGAAGAACUUCUCGAGCGGUGUCUCUCCCCACGACCGUUUGGUGUCGGAUGCGAUAACAUGUCAGUUGUGAUUCUUCAAUUUAAACGACCAAACUCCUUUCCGUCCACGUCACAGACAGUAGAGAAGACAAAAACCAAUGAUAUUGGCAACAACACCGCAAAGGAUGGCACCAGAACUGCUUGA